AUGUGCGCCAUUACCAUGAAGCGAACUCACGAAGCCGGAGAACAGCAACAGGAACAACCGCGUCCUCGCAAGGUGCAGCGUAUUCUCAUGUCUUCUCUUCCCGAUCGCAUGCGAGCUGCCGCCACCAAAGAAACCGUUAGCCCACAGACUGUUGUCUUGAAGACUCUUGCAGAGGACGAACACAGUGUGACUGUCCAAUCCUUCAGUGCUUUGGAAAACUUUUUCCAUCCUCCCACCGAAGAAGAGAUUGCCGCCUACGAUCACGAAGCCAUUGCUGCCAUCCGCACCCAAAACAUGGACACACUCAAGCAGUACCACGCCGAGGGACGUCCCCUCAAGUGCAGCAACAAAUUCGGAGAAUCCCUGUUGCACAUGGCUUGCCGCAAGGGCAUGCUUCAAGUGACCACCUUUUUGACACAAACCGCCAAUGUCCCCUUCCAAGUCUGUGACGACUACGGCCGCAGUCCCCUCCACGAUGCCUGCUGGGCACACACUACCAACUUUGAAUUGGUCGACCUCAUCCUUACUGAAUGCCCUGAUCUCCUUUACAUUCAAGACAAGCGUGGAAACACACCACUCAGCUACUUGAAGCAAGAAAAGUGGGCCGCUUGGAACAAGUACCUUGCCUCCAAAUCCGCCGACUUUCUCAAGCCUCGCUUCUCCAGCCAACUCUUGGCAUAG